CAGAAUUGAUCACGUGUUUGUUGCUUUGGUUUUGCAAUAUGGCUGCUUCGUAGGAACGCCGACAUAACGUAGCUGAAUUAGCAAACUAUUUUGUUCUGUGGAAUAAAGAUGGCUGGGGAACUUUCCGAAAAGAAGGAAGCCGAGGCCUCGGUGAAGGAGCGCGACAGGAAACGCAGCCGAUCUAGAUCCAGAGAGCGUGAGCGCAGGGGUUCUCCUGGCAAAGAGCGAAAGCGCCACCGCUCGCGCGAGCGGAGGAGAUCCCGCAGCCGCUCCAAAUCUGCAGAAAGAGACCGGCGUCAGAAAGACAAGGAGAGGGAGAAGGACCGAGACCGGACACGCAAGGACCGGGACCGUGACAAGGACAGUCAUCGCCGUGACAAAGACCGUAGCAGGAAGUCAAGGAGUACAUCCCCUAAGUCCAAAGAUGGCAAGAUAAAGAGAGAAAAGGAUAUGAAAAAAGAGGAGGAUGAAGAGGACAAUAAGAAGAAAGAGAAGGUGCAGCCUCUUUCUCUGGAGGAGUUGUUGGCGAAGAAGAAAGCAGAGGAGGAGGCAGAAGCCAAGCCCAAGUUCCUGUCGAAGGCGGAGCGUGAGGCGGAGGCGAUAAAGCGGAGGGAGCAGGAGACGGAGGAGAGGAGGAAGAUGCUGGAGGACGAGCGGAAGAAGAGGAGGGUGUUCCAGGACAUCGGGAGGAAGAUGAUGGAGGACCCCCAGGAGCGCGAGCGGCGUGAACGCAGGGAGCGCAUGGAGAGGGAGAACAACGGCAACGAGGAAGACGACGGGCGGCAGAAGAUCCGCGAGGAGAAGGACAAGGGCAAAGAGCUGCAGGCCAUUAAGGAACGGUACCUAGGCGGAGUGAAGAAGAGGAGGAGGACGCGACACCUGAACGACAGGAAGUUUGUGUUUGAGUGGGACGCCUCUGAGGACACGUCCAUCGAUUACAACCCCAUAUACAAAGAGAAGCACCAGGUGCAGCUGUACGGGCGUGGCUUCAUUGCCGGGAUUGACCUAAAGCAGCAAAAGAGAGAUCAGUCCCGUUUCUACGGAGAUCUGAUGGAGAAGAGACGCACGCUGGAGGAGAAGGAGCAGGAGGAGCUGAGGCUGAAGAAGGUUCGGAAGAAGGAGGCGAAGCAGCGCUGGGACGACAGGCACUGGUCCCAGAAGAAGCUGGAUGAGAUGACGGACAGGGACUGGAGAAUCUUCCGGGAGGACUACAGCAUCACCACCAAGGGGGGCAAGAUCCCCAACCCCAUCCGCAACUGGAAGGAGUACAACCUUCCCCCCCACAUCGUGGAGGUCAUCGACAAGUGUGGCUACAAGGAUCCUACUCCCAUCCAGAGGCAGGCCAUCCCCAUCGGCCUGCAGAACAGGGACAUCAUCGGUGUGGCCGAGACUGGCAGCGGCAAGACGGCCGCCUUCCUGAUCCCUCUGCUGGUCUGGAUCACCACCCUGCCCAAGAUCGACAGGAUUGAGGACUCGGACCAGGGGCCGUACGCAGUGAUCCUGGCCCCCACGCGUGAGCUGGCCCAGCAGAUCGAGGAGGAGACCAUCAAGUUCGGGAAGCCGCUGGGAAUCCGCACCGUUGCGGUGAUUGGAGGCAUCUCAAGAGAGGACCAAGGCUUCCGCCUCAGGAUGGGCUGCGAGAUUGUGAUCGCCACGCCCGGUCGUCUGAUCGACGUGCUGGAGAACCGCUACCUGGUCCUGGGCCGCUGCACCUAUGUGGUCCUGGACGAGGCCGACCGCAUGAUCGACAUGGGCUUCGAGCCCGACGUGCAGAAGAUUCUGGAGUACAUCCCCGUCACCAACCAGAAACCUGACACAGACGAGGCCGAAGACCCGGAGAAGAUGAUGAUGAACUUUGAAUCGGGAAAACACAAGUACAGACAGACGGUGAUGUUCACGGCUACCAUGCCCCCGGCAGUGGAGCGGCUGGCUCGCAGUUACCUACGGCGCCCCGCGGUGGUGUACAUCGGCUCUGCAGGCAAACCGCACGAGAGGGUGGAGCAGAAGGUCCUGCUGAUGUCAGAGGGAGAGAAGAGGAAGAAGCUUCUGGAUGUUCUGGCGCGAGGCUUUGAGCCACCCAUCAUCAUCUUCGUUAACCAGAAGAAGGGCUGCGACGUACUGGCCAAGUCCCUGGAGAAGAUGGGGUAUAACGCCUGCACACUCCACGGCGGUAAGGGGCAGGAGCAGAGAGAGUUUGCGCUCUCCAACCUGAAGGCCGGAGCGAAGGACAUACUGGUGGCCACAGACGUGGCCGGCCGAGGUAUCGACAUUCACGACGUCUCCAUGGUGCUCAACUACGACAUGGCCAAGAACAUCGAGGACUACAUCCAUCGUAUCGGCCGUACGGGUCGCGCUGGGAAGAGCGGCGUGGCGGUGACCUUCCUCACCAAGGAGGACUCCACCGUCUUCUACGACCUGAAGCAGGCCAUCCUGGAGAGCCCGGUCUCCACCUGCCCCCCCGAGCUGACCAACCACCCCGACGCCCAGCACAAACCCGGCACCAUCCUCACCAAGAAGAGGAGGGAGGAGACCAUCUUCGCCUAACCCUAACCACCCCGACGCCCAGCACAAACCCGGCACCAUCCUCACCAAAAAGAAUGGUGCUCCAUCCUCUGUUGUCUGCUUUUCCUUCUCUCUUUGUGUAGCCCUUUAAUGGCUCCUUUCGUCUCUUAUUCCACCUCUUCCAUGGCAUCAGAAACCAUGGGAACAGCAUAAGGGGUGGGGCAUGGGGAAUUACGGCAACAGAAUAAGGGAGCUGAGCAUCAGAAAUCAUGGGAAUAGCGGAAGGGUUGGGGUACUGGAAACCAUGGGAACAGCAUACCAUUAGCUGGAGACUGGCAGUUACUGGUCUGAACUGUUCAUUAGUGAGGAGGAAAGAUGCCCCCCAGACCAAGAUCCAUGUUUAAUGUGUGCAAGGCCACAAACGACCAUUUUAUACAAGGAUACAGUGUAUAUUUAGUUACUUGCUAACUGGGUUUAAUUUUUCUCUUUUGAAGUUUUCACUUGUGAAAAGAAACUUGAAGAACUAUAAACUUCAAUCACUGCUAAAGCCCCCAUUUUGUCAGGUUGUUCUGAUGGGGAGUAUACUGUUUCUGUGAACUCGGAAUUGUAACUAAUGUAAGGUGAAGUAUGUUGAAGAAUUGGUCUGAAAUGUGUCAGUGUUUCAAUAAAUUCAAUUUUUGACCUUUU